UACACUUUUUGCUAUAAAACGCACAAAGCUUCCCGCCAAUCGACCAUUUCUGUCGCAACACGGUCUUAAAACACUUAACUCGCACUGGGAAGAAAGCCACAAGAUACACCAAGAAUUUGUUCUCCCUCAUCAGUCUUCGCAGUCCAUACAGGACGUAUUUUAUUUUAGUUUCCUUCACCUUUUGCUCCUGAAGACAUCUAUUCAUCAAAACCUGUCCUCGCACGAAGGCAUUUCUUCUCAAGCCAAUCACCCCUACCCGCUCCCCGGAGAACCCACCAGUAUCAGGUUUGCCUUUACCCUCACCAUGCAGUCGUCACUAGUCGUUAUUUCAGCCGUCUUUGCGGCAGUGCUACUAGGCUUGGCUACAGCCACAGAUGUGCUUCCACAACAGCGUGAAAGGAGAGCUCCGUCGGACGAGAUGGAGGGGUUCGAACCAGGAACGUGGGAUGAUGCAGAAGAAGUAGAAGAUUUCAGGACAAAUGAGUUUGCUAAAAGGAUAGCUGAUAACGACUUUGCUGCCAUGAGACAUCAAGAACGUUCUAAUUCCAUGAGACGAACCCGACUCCUUCAGGCGAUGAAUGAAAUGUUGGCUAAAGCAGGAAAGCGCUCAAGUACUGACAAAAGGUCAUUAGCCCAGAAUGAUUACAUGAUGGUCAGACAAGACCUGGCCAACGGGAGACUCUACCGAUCACUCAUGGACAGGAUGCUCUCAGAGGCCGGCAAGCGUUAAGACCCCUCAUCUCGUGUCAUCAUGAGACUUCAACCAAGAUAAACUUCUUUCAAACAAUCCUUCCAAAACGUCCACGAUUUCAUUAUGUAAUAGAAUCACGAAAAAAAGAGAAUAUCUAGUCAUGUUGCGUCAUUUUAAAAACAUUUCUUGGGCCUUCUCCCAGAUCAAAAGUAUAGAAUUGGUAAAAACUUUCCAAGAAAUCGCAAAGUAAAGGUUUUGUCAUACUUCUUAUUUUCCUAAUUGUUUUCCUCGUCACCUACCAGGCAUGGUUUUAAUUCAUAAAAUUGUCGUUCUACAAGAUGUACUAUUAUCUGUACAAAAACAAAACCUAUUUAACUUACCUUACGUCACAGUGAAAUGUAUUCAUUCUAUCCUAAAUCCGAAUAAGUGACCAAAAUACGCAAACAAAGGAAUAUCUAAGUUGUAUGCAAUUGUAUGGUAAAAGAGUUUUGUCAUUUUUACGUCGAUGGUUUUGUUUUCCUAUACUCUUCACGAUUUUGUUUACAACAGUUAGUAAUAGGAAUUAGUCGUGUUCAUCCAAUUGAAGUCAAUGAAGUGGGUUUUUACAGAUAAGAGCCUGUGACAAAUGAUUUCAAAAUUAAAGUUUUGAAUGAAAUUUACUAAUUUAUCUCAUGAACAUUAAAACGUUUCUGUAUAUACAUUAACAGGUUAACAUUUUUGUUAAAGAGUCAGUGCCGCUACCACAAUUAGUGAUUAUAGGAUUUAAUUACAUAAACUUUUCUGUAGUAUCUCGAUUGCUAUCCGAAAAAGGCAUAAAAAUAAUGAUCUACGGUACUUUAAAUUAGUUAGUUGCAUUUACUUGUUUGAAUAUGAAUUUAGUUGUAUCCAAAUAUUAUAGACAAUGAAAAUCUUUCAAUGGAAUUUUCCUUUUUUAUUAAAAUGAAAAAUAUUGUAAAUUUGAAUAUGAAACUCAUUUUGGAGUAGCAUAAUGCCGAUAUAAUUUAAAAGCAAAUAGCACUUAUCUUGUUUGAUCUUAGAUUUCUCUAUAUAUUCAUAUGAAAAGAAUUUUCAUGUAUAAUUUUAGGAAAAACAAGUAGCCAAUGAACAUAAUGGAUGACGUGUGUCAUGUGUAUUGGACCGUUUUAUAUUAGGAAAAUUACGCUCACGAUGAAAAUCCUUGUGCGUUUGAAUUCUGAAAGACCCUAACGUGACGCAUCUGUUGAAACACACUAAGUGACUAUUGCGUGUAAGAGGUAGUUACAACGAUUUUGAAAUCACGGUUUCUGUUAUACAAUCUAGAAUAUCUUUGUCUUUAAUGAAAAACAGGUUUGGGUUGUUAUAAGUAAAUUUGUCUAUCUCAUGUUUUAAUAACUCUAAGCCGGAUGCUCGGAAUUAUCCACUAGUAUAAAUUUCCAUUCUGUUAAAAACAAGGAAAUAACGCGAUUAUAGGCUUCCAAUCUCCUUGAUAUAAAUAAUGUAAAAAAACAAAACGUAUCCUGGAGGGAUAAGGAUAAUAUCAUCCUGCUUUCGAAAAGUUUAGUGAUUAUUUAGGUAACAUUGAGAUGCAGGAAUAUAUUUGAUGUGUGUAUAAUUAAGCUGUAGGUAUUUCUUUCUUUACCUUUUUUGGUUUUUGUUGUUAGAUAGAUGCAAAGCGACCUUUUCUGACAAAGCACACCAGCGCCUGCAUUGAUUUUUUGCAUAAAAUACAGAAAUGACAUUGAAGAAAAAGGUACAUGAGGGUAUGCGUAAAUCGAGACAGUUGCAGGAUAACCUUGCGUUUUAUUUUUUAGGUUACGUUUAAUUUUAUUUUCAUAUAUGAAUUGUUUUCGAUAUAUAUCGUUCAAAGUUUUCUUUUUCGUGUUUUGAUGUGAUGUAAACGAUCAACCAAUGACAAUCCCACCAUGAAUUUAAACAGAAA